UAAACAUUUUUGUAAAAAUAAUUUAGUUCAUAUGGGGUCGUAUUCCAGAACUCUACUCAAUGCAAUUUACGUGUGCUAUUAUGUUCUCCAGUGUGUGUGGUAUAUAGCGUACGUGUCUUAAUAGCUCUGUCGCCAAGCCAUGAAAUAAAGAUAUCUUGCUUUCUGUCUCUCCCUCCCUCCCAUCUCGUCUCUGUCAAAUCAACAUGUCAUGAACUUGGUGAACAGAACAUAGAAUUAUUUUGUUCAUAAACGUAUUUUCUACCUAGAAUAAGUGAUAAUUAAAGAUGGGUCGCUCUAGAUCACUGAGUAAGUCUCCUAGACGACAUCACAAAAGCAGCAAACAUUCACGGAAAAAAAGCCGAUCGAAGGAUCGUUCAUCAUCGCGUAGUAGGAGUUCUAAACAUGCCGAAAAAUCCAGGGAACGCAGUUCUAAAUCCAGAAAACGCUCCCAUUCAGUGUCGUCUUCUAGUAGUAGUGACGCCUCUUAUGAUGGUAGUAGGAGUCACAGAAAGAAGUCCAAAGGACGUAGUAAAAUGGACGAAGUUGACCGUUUAGCAGAAAUGGAAAGACAGAGGAGAGUACGCGAGGCUGAACAAAAGGUUGUUGAAGAAGAAGCAGCAAAAAGGAUAGAGUUGCUUGUUAAGAAGCGAGUGGAAGAGGAAUUGGAAAAACGUAAGGAUGAGAUUGAGCAAGAGGUUGCGAAGCGAGUUGAAGAAGCCAAGAGGAAGAUGGAAAAGGAAAUGAUGGAAGAGCUGGAGAGACAGAGGGAGCAGCAACGGAGAGAGGAGCAAGCAAGACAGGAGGAAGAAGCUCGUAAAAGGAAAGAGUUGGAGGAAAUCAUGGCUGAAAAUAAUAAAAAGAUAGAAGAGGCUCAGCGCAAAUUGGCUGAGGAGAGGUUGGCGAUGAUAGAAGAACAAAGAAAAAUGGAUGAAGAAAGACAAAAACUCAAAAAAGAGCAGGAAAAAAGGUUAAAAGAAGAACAGAAGAAAAUCUUAGGCAAAAACAACUCAAGACCUAAGUUAUCAUUUUCACUCAAGCCUCUCUGAUGAGUAUAACUUUGUUUAUUUUAGUUUAGAUUUAUGUGCAUUCAAAAUGUUCAUGUUUAGGUUUCACUCAAUUUUUAAUCUUCGUGUAAAAAUAUUGCUAUUUUUGGACCACCUCAUUUCUUAAAUUGUCUGUUGUGAUUUUGCUAUUUAAUAUAAUUAUAAUUUUUUACAAUAAUGCCUAUAUAUACCUUAUAGGUGUUUAGUAUGAGAUUUGGGCUGAGGUUCCGUAAUAAUGAAAGCAAUAAAAUUAGUAAUGUAAUACAAGUAAAACAUUUUCACGUUAUUAUGUCAAUAAUUUAUGAAACUACAAAUACCUAUUUCAUACAUGAAAGGAAACAACUUCAACCCAUAAGUUAAAAUGCUAAUGUUGUGUGAAGCAAUAAAUGUAGUGUUAAAAUCAUUUGUACCAAUAUGAAGAUGAUUGUAGUCGUUUACUUCAAAAUCUAUACAUUGUCACUUUGGUUGCGGCAGACAUUUUGAUUUUAUUUUUGUAUUGUAUCCACAUACAUAUAACGUCACUUAGCACAGGUCUAUGUAAUUUGAGUUGAACAUUUUACUUGUUGAAAUGACAGUGAAAAAUUGUAGUAAUAAUUCAAUCUAUAAUAAAAAUGCUGCUCACAACUACAUUUGCACUAAAUUUCUAAAACAUAUAUUGUUCCACAAAUUGUUAAUCAUUAAAGCGACAAUUUUUCUUAGUAACAUUUUUUUAAAGUCAUUGCAUGUUGUUAGCCUUAAUACAUAAUAACCUGUGUUUCAAAGUAAGUUAUUAUCCAUCCAACAGUGCAAAGUAUUGAAUUUUCCAAGUUAGAUAUAUACUGAAAUGCCUCGAAACAACCUUCCUCUUAAUAAUAUUAAUAUACAUAGAUGAAAUAGUUACAGUAAGCCUUGUCUGUGACUGAAAUAGCGAUAGUGUCUUUAGAUUAUUGUAUAGCAAUACGUAUAGUUAACAUAGUAUCUCUGGUUGCCGACCACUUAAAAUAAGCAUACUGCUAUAAGUUAUUCAACAGCAUCUGCCUGUUGCCAUUUUAGAUUUUGUAUUAACGUUGAAGCAGUACGUAGGCAGGGUGACUUAGGGAGUUACCAUACUGACUGACGCGGAACUGGUUAAAUAAAGCUUAUGUGUAUUCAAUAAGGGCGAAAAUGACUUCGCGCAUUUCGUUUCCGCUCGGACCACAGACGCAUGUCUUAAGGUGCUUUUCCACCGGCGAGACAUGACGAGACGAGACUAGGAGAAACGAGGAUUGAUUGAUUUGAUGGCAAAUUUUCAAUUCUCUAGCGCAUCUUCGAUGUAAAUGGUCAGAAUUGACGAGGAUGAGGGAGGUGAGAAUUGAAACAUUUGUUAACCGAAUUGCUGUCUACAUAGAAUAUUAAGGUAGUUUAACAGCGGCGAGGCGAGACGAGGAUUGAAAUUUGUAUGACAAAAUUUCAAUUCUCUUAGCCCAUCUUCGGUGAAAAUGGUCUGGAUUGAUGAAGAUGGGCGAGGCAAAAUUGAAAUAUUUAUUGAUGUAAUAUUGGACCAUAUUGCUGCCCUAAAGAGUAUUAUAUCCUCUAAUGAAAACAAAAAUUAUCGCGCGAGCUCGCCCACAUGGUCACGCGCGUGCUCCCAAUGGCUAUUACUAUCAAUCGCGAAAUUGUGGAGUAUGUACGAUUUAAGAAUUAAAAAAGAGAUCGUUCCAUCCGAUUUUUCUACCGUUAAUAUAUUUAAUAAUUUACGUGACAUGUUACUUCAGCCGCGUAUUUAUCGCUAGAUGAACUGAACAGCACUAAAUCUUCACUAUUCACAAUCACAGCGCGAGAUCGCGAUGGCUCGCGCGAGCUAUUAAUGGCAAUGUUUGGUGGAAAUAGCCCGGCGAGAUUUCAAUUCCCGUCUCGCCUCGCCGGUGGAAAAACCACCUUUGUGGCAUAGACUCUUAUAAGCUUUUUCUACUCUUUAGCGACUCUCUUAAGGGCAUGAAUACCAUGAUAAUUGUUAAUGAUAUUUCCUUUGUAAUCAGAUAGACCAAUGAUGCCCAAUGUUAGCCCUUACAACAUGGAAGAUAUUACGUAUGUAAAUAGUUAUGAUGAAAACAAGUUGCUUACAUAGCUGAUUAGCAUUUCGUGUAAGUGAUGAAAGUUACGCACAUUCGUGUUGAAAGGGUAAUUUCAGCGAAUUUAAACAUUAUUAUGUGCAGUCAACAGCGCAUCCAGUUUAUGCACUUUUAUUCGAAUAUCGCCUCCAGUACAACGGGACAAUGUCCAUCAAUGUGUAACUUGAUGUACUACCGUCUGUACUUUUGUAAAAACAAUCACGAACAUACUGCCAACAUAAUAAAUCAUUUCCCUUUAAUGUUGCCCUGCUGCGUUAAAAAUAAGAAAUUGAUUGCGAGCCUUAAUAACAUUGCAGACAGUUUGUUUAGAUUAAAAUUAGGAAUUCGAUGAGUCUACAGUACAUUUAGGUGUAAGAUUUUUUGUAUAUAAUGUUUGUAUAUUUUAAGGUUAUACGAAAGCAUCUGGAUAUGGAUUUACCUAGGGGACAGGCUGGAUUCAGAGUAGUAUGUAACAUGGGUCUUAAGUACUACAUCCGUGCGAACCCCUGCCCUAAGCACUACUCUAAAACCAGCCAUAAUAUAAUUUAGUUACUACGAAAUAUACUUCUGUUUAGAUUUAAGCGACAGCUUGAUUAAUUGACGCCCUAUGAAUGAAAAACAUAAUAUAAAAACCUGACUUGUUGGGUUAAAAUAAAACGUAUAAGAACACAUUCUGCGACUGUUAUGCUUAGUCAAAGGACAAGAGUUAAUAUAUAUGUAUAUAAAUAGAGUGGAUUGUGUUACAAAAUUAUUUUUAGCAUUGUGAUGUUUGUUCUCCGAGAUAAUAUUUUCACACAUUGCAUUUAGGUCACGCGAAAGAUCGCGUAAAAUGUGCUUUAUGUGAAUACUGUAAAGCCGCUCGGUGACAUAAAUAAUGCCCGGAUUUUUCAAUGUUACCGACCGUAUCAUGUCUUUAGUAAGUAUAUAAGCAAAACAACAAAUCACUCUGUAAGUAUACAUCUAACAUACUUAAUGAAAAAUAUACAAAAUCAAACAUAAAAUAUAAAUAAAUACAUGAUGAACAAAAAAUUGUUUAGAUAAAAUUAAAUAUGUUCAAGUCUUUAAAGGGCAUGAUACUCGUCGGUGACAAGCGACCGACACAUACUAAUGUCAAAAUUGUACAACACAUGUUUAGUAGCGAUACACGAGUUUGAAUAUUACUAAUACUAAACAUUGGAAUGGGUAAGUCAUUCGCUUAGGCGAAUCCAAGCACGGUUAAUCGACCCGAGUCGAAUGAUUACCGGUACCGAAUGCCCCUGUCAUUCGGGUAUAAUAAUCAUUAGAUUCGGGUGCACGAGUCUAAUGAUUAUUAAAUCGGAACCAUGUCCAUAUCAAAAUAUUCCUGUCCCGGUAUUUACCAUAUCGAUGCCAUAUUUUCUCAAACACGUAUCUUAUUAAAAGUGAUUAUUCAGGAGAUGACUAAACUUUCUAUUUAUUUUAAAUUUUUUAUCAAGGAUGUUAAUUUGGAUGCAUUACUUUAAGAAUAGGUAAAAGCCAGUG